CGGGAUCGCGGGGGGUACUUUUCUCCCGCCCCCUCCUCCCAUCCUUAUCCUGUCAGGCAGAGACCCCUGCCCCCCCCCCCCCCCACCAACGCUGGGAUCCCAUCUGGAUUGGGAGGAGAGUAAACUCAAACUGCGCGGGGGGAGGGGGGGUGCAGGAGACGGAAAAGCGUUAAGCAAUGACCAGGGAUCCUGGUUUUCUUUGUUAAAAAGAAAUCCCAAAUUCUCUGAUUUAAAAAACAAGCCCCCAAAUCCACAUUUUUCCAUUUGCAGUGAUACAGUGUUUUGUUUUCAUCAUGGAAAAAUGGGUUUAAAUCAGAGAAUUUUGGGGUCUUUUUUUUUUUUUUUAGUUAGAGAAAACCAGGUGACGUGUUACAAGCCUUUACGUUGUGUUUUGUUUUUCCCAGCUGCGGUGUAGUGUUGUCUGUAAUUAUUUAAGUUGGGUUGUUUUAUGCCUACAAUUCCCUGCAAUUAUUUUGCCAUAUGGGAAGUUUGUAUCCUAACCCUGAGGUGCAGCCCUGUGCCAUCCUACCUUCCCUAUCUAGGAUGAUGGCACCAGGGCCUGAGCUCCUCUAGUUUAUACUAGGGGUGCAUUGAUAGAGAUUUUUUUUUUUGUGCCGAUACUGAUGGCUGACUUUUAACCAGCCAUAUCAGCUGAUACUGAUCUGAUUGCCAUUAUGCAGCUUGGCAAGCAGCAUCUGGACAGAACAUGUUUGACAAACCAAACAAAGAUGCAUUUCAUUUGGUUGCACACUUCUUGUUUAGUAAACUGGAUCAUUCACGCGCAGCAGAGGCUUUCAGGUUUUGUUGCCCUCCAGCAGACAAAAAGGGAGAUGCUGAAUUCAGGAAGAAAUGCUGUGAAUGGCUAAAAGAAAUUUCAGUAGAAUGUGGAAACAUCUUUCCAGCUGUUGUAGCUUCAUUGUUUCUUUCUCCUGGUGGUCCUAAAUUUAUUCAUUUGAUGUAUCACUUUGCAAGAUAUGUAAUUAUACAAGCAAUGAGAAAAGACUGCAAAGAUGCUGGCAUGUAUUUCCCAGAAGCUGUAAUCUUGAGGCCUGAUGAGUUGUACAAGGCAGCUGCAAGGUGCAAAGUGGCAUCUAAUAAGUUUUUGCAGAUUGUGCAAAAAGAAGAUUUUGUCAUUCAAGAGUAUCAGAAAAAGGCACAAUUAUUAACUAAACAGAUAAAAGAUCUAAGAUCUGAAUGUGCUGACCUGCACAAGCAGCUUCAAAAAAUAGAGAAAAAUGACCAAAACCAAAGUAACAGAGCAGAGAAAGUUCAAAAGGUUCGUUCCAUGUGGACAACUGUAACAGAAACCUUUGCUGGCUUGGAAAAGGAGAGAGAAGUUGUAGAUUCUGUUGUUAAAGGUCAUGUUGACCAGUAUACUUUAGAUGGAACAGACAUCACUAUCAAUAUUCCAAGGUUGCUGCUUGACAAAAUUGAAAAUGAAAUGUACAGAUUGCAUAUAGGAAAUGUAUAUGAAGCUGGAAAAUUAAACUUCUUGACAGUCGUUCAGUUAUUAAAUGAAGCCUUGAAGAUUUUAAGAAGUGAACGUCAGCAAGUUGACCAAAAGGCACUAAAACUAGAUGUUCAGUACAUUGAAGAGAAGACCAAAUUCCAAAGUAAAACUUUAUUGGGUCUGAAGUCAAUGAGGCACAAGCUAAAGCGAGAGGAUCAUGUGUCCAUAAGGAAAUCAGUUGUUGAAAAGCAAAAAGAAUGGGAUAUGAAGUGGGAAAGCGUUCUUGGGCAGUCUCCUUUUGAUUUAAUUAAAGUUCAGAAUCCAGCACUAGAUUUGUUACCAGCUAUGUCUGCCCUCUCUUUUGAUCCUGCAACUGAAGAGGCUUAUAAGAGCAGUGUCUUCUGUCAAUAUCCAGCAUCAAUUCCAGAUGCACCAAAAAAGGGUUAUCAUAAGAGAGUUGAUGGAGCACUGGGCAGCACAAUGAGUACAGCAGAACUUACAUCCUCAGGGAGGAUCUUCUCACUCUCAUCAAAGUUGGCUACAUCUGAAAACAACUGUCCAGUUCUUGAAAAGAAAGUACAUACUGAAAUUCCCAAAAGGAAAGAACAUUCUGUUUCUCAAAAAAUCUUAAAAUGUGGAGUAGACAAAGCCAGACCAUUAGAAGCUUGGAAUAAUAGAGACUCUCCAGUACUCCAAACACCAACUCCAGUCAAAAGAGUAGAUCCUUCUAGGCAAGCACAAGAACAGCUGGCAGAAGAGGUUGCAAACGUGGUAGUAUCAGAGUCACCCUCAAGUAGUGAUGGAAAAGGGAUGGAGUUGGAAGAUCUAAUUGAGUCAUUGGCUUCCAACCCUUUCUUAGCAAGGAAACAAAUCCCUCGAACUCCAGAAAAUCUGAUUACAGAAAUCAGAAGCUCAUGGCGAAAAGCAGUACAGGAUGGCUACCCUUCUGAUACAGAGUUGGCUCAAACUGAAAUGGUAACAGAAGGUGUUCUAUUGGAUAUAAAGCCUGUACCUCAAAACAGAAUAGACUCUAGUAUGGCCUGCUUUAUGUCUUCAUCUCGCAUAUCAGACCUCUCUACUUCUAAUCUUAAUGUAGUAGAAGGGAAGUCAUUAUUAAGUUGGAUGACACCUGAACCUCUAAAGCAGGUGAUAUUUAGUCACAUCAGUGACUUGCCAAUCCAGAAGCCAGCUUCCGGAGCGCUAGCUAACGAAAGAACUUUGCAGAAGGAAUUGAAGGGUACUGUUUUAAAUGAAAGUCUUAAAGAAAAUGUACAAGAACUUAUGCCAGCUGUGGAUAAAAACAUAAAUGUUCUCAAUAGUCAGGAAGACUGUAGUAAGAUAACAAAUACUCUGUCACCUUAUUGUCAAAAUUCCUCAAUGCAUUCAACCUCGUCCUGGGAUGCUUCUCAGAUGGUAAGUGGUAUUAGUUCUGAUAGCCAAGACAUUAUCCAGUUUGGAAUACUACAUGAGACUUUCCCAGAAGAACUUGGCAACCUAAGCCUUAUUAGCCGUCAAAGUUCAGAGACUGAUGAUAUAUUGGGGAGUAACUCGAGGGACAUCAGGUCCUUAACAGAAAGUACAAAAAAUGAAUGGACUACUCAAGAGUGCAAAUUAGAUUUAGAGUCUAUUCGCAAGCGAUACGAAGCACUGAAAAAGACUCUUUUUGGAAAUGACUCAGCUCUGGCCUGUAAAAAACAAUUUGCAAGGAAUAAUUCACAGCUAAGCUUUACUCCAAGCAGCACAGAAACACAUGAUGUCUUUAGUCCUUCAGAAAAAUUCUUUGCGCUAGAUCCAGAAUAUAUUGGGACGCCAUCACACAUGUCUCUUCCUCAUAGAAAGCACUGUCUCUCACCUUUGGUUUCAUUUACUCCAGUUCAAGAGAGACUGAGAUUAGUAGCACAAAAGAAACCUGGAGAAUUCCUGCAUAACUCGAAAGAAGAAGAGACCUUGACUGAGAAGCUGAAUGCAAAGGAGUCCUCAUCUGCUAGAAAGCUUUGUAAAGAUACAGUUUCACAAUUAGAAUUUUGAUGCAUUUGCACAUGUAACACGCUUUUACAUUAAACAAAUAGCCAUGCAAUUAAAGUUCAUUUUGUAAUGUAUUCAAGCCCCUCAUUCUUAACAUAUUAGACUCUAAUUUGUAGUAAUAAACAUGGCAGUGCUAAUCCCAACCACCAUAGAAAGAGUUAGUGUGCAUUGCUGACUUAGACUGAAUCUUUCGGUUAUUCUUCAGAGGGACUUGAAGAUUUUUUGAUCAUUUGACGUUGGAGGAGUAGCAGUGGAGUAAUAUGGAGUCGAAACAUUCUGUUAGGUUGCAUGGUUGUCAUGGGCAAAUAAACUGAGGCUGAAAUGACUUGCUACUAUACAUGAUUAACUUCAGAACAAAUUUGGGUCCAUUAUCCACGUGUUUUUUAAGAGUCCUUAAACUAUUAUUGUUAAACCAUCCUUUCUAUUUUUUUCAAAAAGUAAGCAAUUGGUUUAAACGUCUGGUAUUACACAGCUUAAACACACAAACCGAACGAAAAAAACUUGUAAAUGACCGUGAUUGAUGGAUGCCUUUUUAUGUGUAAUAUAAAAAUGUUGUAUUAGGUUUUUUCAACCAAACUUGGAACUUGCAUAUUUUAUUGCAAAAUCGAAGAGGUUUCACAGGAAGGAAAAAAGAAUACCCUUUAAGGUUCCUUCUCCAUAUAUAUAAUGCUGUGUGUCCUGUUCUCCCCUCUUCCCCUUCCCCCAGCAACUGUGUGGGGAUUACAUUCAAAUCAUGGAUUUGAGGGUGAGGGCAAAUUCUACUUAUGGUACAUCCAACUUCAGUGCGGUGUGGCUUCAUUUGUGCCAUGUUAAUAGGUACCCUUUGCAGGCAGAAAUACAAAGAUGAGGCAAAAACAGCAUAGCCCUUGGCCUGAGUUAGGUUGAAAGGAUCUAAAGGGGGGAAAAACUGAAGGUGGGUUGCUCUGAUCUGCCUAGAUAAGUGACUGAAGACAGCAACUUGUUUGAAUCAAAGUGGAUAUGACUGGUGCAACAGCAUGUUUGAGCACUGGUAUGACUAACAAGUGAAGACUGGAGACUAUAAUUAAAUAUAACUGAGGACCAGUAGUUCCAAGAAGAACUAAAAAGCAAAGUGAAGGCAAGUGCACAAAAGGCAAAUGAAGAGAGUAAGACAAUAAGUACUGACUAACUUGUAGCUAAAUUCACUAACAAAUCAAUUACCAAUUUACUUGGGGUUCAGGUAAUUAAAGAUUUGUUUCCUAACUUAAACUUCCAUGAUUGACUUUUAUUUUGUAUGUAUUUAAACUUUUUUAGUAUUAAUAAAUCUUGUUUUUUGGACAGAAUAA